AUGGUCCUGGCAACGACGACUGCGCCUCGCCUCAACCGUCCAUCACUCCGCCGGCAACCUACGGCCACGGAGUUUGAGCCCGGGUCGGACCCGUUUGGCGGUGUACUCAGAAGCCCUACGACUACUUCGCCAUCACGGCGCAGUCCAUCACACACGGCCUCAUCGCCAGGUUCGCCGCUGCUCGGUCGUCGUCGUCGCUCGGUAACAGACGACUCGGGCGAUUCACCCAGAAAACGUAUCCGCAUCCUUGCAUCCAGCCUCUCACGGACACGCGCCUCUUUUCUCAUCAGCAAGAAGCCGGCACAUUCUUCCGAGCAGCUCGCACCAUCCAUCCAUGAGGCGGUUCAGCCAGAACCUUUACCCGAGCCCGAUUGGUCGCUUCUGAAGCAUCGCGGGCGCACAACAGAGGAAUUGAUGGACCUGCCAAGAGAAGUCACAGCUCAGCUUCUUCGCGAUAGCCUGUCUGCGCUGGAGCUCUCGAAGGCUCACCAGGCUGCGAGGAACGAAGCACUACAGAAGGCGAACUCCUGUGUUGUGCUUCAACGGCUGGAGAAUACGAGAAUGCGUAAGGCUUUGGCUGCGAAAGAGAAGAAGAAGGACGCGAAACGACUCACAAAGCGCGCACUCAUCUGCCCGAAAGGACAGCCUUCGCACUUGACGAACCCGCAGCUCAUUGAGGCACUGGAGAAGAUGGAGGCCGAAAAGGAGCAGGAGGAAUUGGAUGCGAAGCAGCGGAAGAAGGAUGCGGAAUUGAAGAGCACGUUCAAGCGCCAGCAAGAGGAGUACUGGGUUGCUGUGAAGACGCAGGUGGGGAGGGAGCAGGCCGAAUGGGACAAGAGGUUGUCGGAGCUGCGAGCUGAAGGAGAAACUGUUAAAAAUGCCAAGGAAGCUUUAGGAAAAAAGCCGGCGAUGCCAUUGAAGGCUGACGUACUUGCGGAGUUCAGCUCACGCAACCUUCGCCCACUCGUAGACCCUCCAUCCUCCGAGGUUGAGGCCGAGCAUUAUCAGGAUGGCGAGGAGUGGCAGGGUUUCGGCUGGAGACUUGACCACUCGCGAGAUGGUGGCGAAGCUGAUGACGAGGACGAGGAGGAGUAA